AUGGUGGAGCUAGUUGGAGCUUUAAAACUGCGUGCUGGCGUGCCAUUAACUGGAGUAGAGAAGUGGGUGCUUAUGACCCGUGACAGCCUCAUCUGCCCCAAGUCAGUGACCACCCCCGCCUGGGAAAAGGGACACGGAGUAUCAGACACUGCAGGACACAGAGCAGAAAUCCAAGGGGGGGGAGCCCGCGGGCGGCUCCUGCGCUGGCCUCGCCUGCUGCUCUUCGGAGACUCCAUCACUGAGUACUCCUUCCAGGAAAACGGCUGGGGGACAUUCCUUGCUGAGAGACUGGUCAGAAAAUGUGAUGUUUUGAACCGUGGGAUCUCAGGUUACAACACCAGAUGGGCUAAAUUGAUUCUUCCAAGACUGAUCCCUGAAAGUACUAGUGCUGACAGUAUUGUUGCAGUUACCAUUUUCUUUGGAGCUAAUGAUAGUGCUUUGAAAGAGCUGAACCCCAAGCAACACGUUCCUUUGGAGGAGUACACUGCCAACCUGAAGAGCAUGGUGCAGUACCUGAAGUCAGUGGACAUUACUGCAGACAGGAUUAUUUUGAUAACACCACCACCUCUUGAGGAAUCAGCUUGGGAAAAGGCAUGUCUUGCCAAAGGUGAGAAGCUGAACCGCUGCAAUGGCACCACCGGGCAGUACGCCCAGGCCUGCGUGCAGGUCGCCAGGGAAUGCAGCACGGAUGUGCUUGACCUCUGGACCCUGAUGCAGAAGGAUCAGGAUUUCUCUUCCUAUUUGUCUGAUGGCCUGCAUUUAUCAGCAAAAGGCAACAGCUUUCUAGCAGCUCAGCUUUGGUCACGCCUGGAAAACAAACUGUCUGCUCUUCCUUCACUGCUUCCUUAUUGGCGUGACGUGGACCACACAAACCCUGAGGCCAGUCUGCUGUGACAUUCCUGCAGGAGGAGCUGGGGCAGCCACGCCAGACAGAGCCAGCCCAUUAUCCAGCAACUGCUGCAAACUGUGCUCAGGGAACACAGCACUGGGGAGUCCCCAGCAAUGCUCUUCUCUGUCCCCUUCUCUUGGUCUGUAGGGGAAUAAAGGUGAGACCACUC